AAAAUUGAUCGGUCUAUUUCAUAAUUUCCUGCGCGAACGUAGAAUCAGUCAACACAUAAAAAGCCGUAUUACAUAUAUCCUUACCUAUAAUUUCUCCCCUCUCGUGUAAAGAAAGAUAACGCACGCGCUAAAACUUCAUACUCGGAAAUGUAUUGUCGAGGGGUUGUCAGUCAAGAAUCGAUCUUCAAAGAUGCCAGGUAAAAAGGAUCUUGUCGUUGAUAAUUCUUUGUCGAUAUCGAAUCCGAAUCAUCAGAAAGAUAUAAAUUAUAAUAUCGAAUUAAAUCGUUGGCUCUUGAAGGCAACUGGUACCUGGCCCAGAAACAAAAAUACGAGCUUGCUUGAGAUACUUCUUUCUCGAUUUUUAAACGUGCUACAUACAUCGUUAAUAAGUUUCCUUUUAAUCGGUACAGUUCUUUACAUACUCCUGGACGUACAGGAUAUUCAGGCGAAGCUAAAUAAAAUUGGUCCGGUCACAUUCACCACUGCUACCUUGAUAAAAUAUUGGUUACUGAUAUUUCAUGAAAGUGAAAUUAAACAUUGCUUGGAUCACAUAGAGAUCGAUUGGAAAGGGGUUAGGCGUCAGGAAGAUCGACGGAUUAUGCUUGAAAAUGCUCAUAUUGGUCGACGUAUCGUUGGAAUUUCCGCGUCUUUUGGAUUCGGCGCUUUAUUUCUAUAUCGUGUAAUAGUCCCCUUAAAUUCACCGAAAAUGGUAAUAGGUAACUUGACGUUCAGACCAUUAGCCUACCCCGUUUCAAAAGUUAUCAUCGAUACUCGUCAAACUCCGGCCAACGAGUUAAUUCUUUUAAUACAAUGCAUUUGUGGUUUCAUCAUGAGUGCUAUCACAGUGGGUUCCUGCAGUCUGGUAGCCAUUUGCUCUCUUCAUGCCUGUGGACAACUGAAAAUCUUAAUGCACUGGCUAAAUCAUCUUGUAAACGGGCAUAGCGAUGAAAAUGAUACUAUAGAUGAUCGAUUAAGAGACAUCGUUAAAAAACACGUGCGAGUAUUGAAUUUCAUCACAUAUACGGAAAAUUCUAUGAAUGAAAUUUCUCUCGUAGAGAUCUUCGCGUGUACUUUGAAUAUGUGUAUGGUUGGAUAUUACAUGAUUAGGGGUUGGAAUCACAUCAGCACGAUUAAUAUGCUUGCCUAUGUCACACUCCUCACAUCCUUUGUGUUUAAUAUAUUUAUCAUUUGUUAUAUUGGUGAACUACUUACGCAUGAGUGCAAGAAAAUGGCAGAAUCGACUUACAUGAUCAAUUGGUAUCAACUUAAAGGAAAGAAAGCUCUUAGUCUCAUUCUAAUAAUUUCGAUGUCGUUAUCAUCGAGCAGACUUACUGCUGGAAAGUUCAUCGAAUUAUCUCUAAAAAGUUUCAGCGAUGUUAUCAAAACUUCGGUCGGUUACUUGAAUAUGCUUCGUGCCAUUACAUCGUAAAAAAAUAUCUACAAAUUUAAUUAAAAUUAAAUAAAACUAUGAAAAUCGAUCAGAUAUAUUUCACAGUAUCUAUAUGGUAAAACAGACAAAAUCAAUUAAUAAAAAAUCCUGAAUGGUCAUGAAUGAAUUGCAUUAUUUACUCAUGACGGUAUCAGUGGAAAUUUUUUUCGAACUGAAUCAUUUGUCAUAUUUCUUAUAUUUUUCAUCUAUAAUAGUUUCUUAUUUAAGAACUAAUA